AGCUUCAGGUCAACGCGUUUUCUAUAAGUAGCCCAUACUUGGACGGCUUCGGGUUCAACCGUCUCCAGCGUGGUUCGCGCCUCUCGCAGUCUCUCUUGUCACCCUGUUUCUCUCUGUUUCUCUGUUGCUUACUCUGUUUUCUGUGUCAACUGAAACCAUUUGUUUCUCAUAGUCAUAGCAGGGACCCCAUACCAAAACACCCACCUUGUUAGUGUUGUAUUUACAGAUGCCUUCUUCAAAGGGGAAAAAGCAUUCAAAGAGCCAAUCAAAGUUGUCGAAUUCUAACAAGUUUUCUUCACCUGGGUCACUUGAUUUUGAAGCUACCGAAGAGAGUUUUGCAAGCUCUCUUGAACUAGCUUCGGUUAAAUUCCCAUCUCUGAUUGGGAACUCUGCUUUCAUUGGCCGAGUCACUGAUGUUCAGGACGACCCCAAAAGCCGUAAAAUUUGGCUUUCAGAGCCUUCCAUGGUUGCCUCUUCCUUCACUCCUGGAUCCAUUGUAUCAGUGUCUCUUCCUUGUUUGAAGAGUAGACAUUCAGAUGAAUUUCCUCUCAGCUCACUAGCAGAUGAAUGUGCUAGACGUUUUGGGGUUGAUUCUUGUGGGCAGUUAACUAAUGACGCAGGGAACUACUUUGCUCUUGCAACAAUUUUUCCUUCUUCUAAGGUUACAAAGAACGGAGUGCUAUUGUCUUCAAGUAUUUCAAAUACAAUGGGUUGUCCUCCAUCAGGCAGGGUCAUAUUCAUCCACUCUGUACAAAAUCAUUCCCAAGCUGGUCUUUUGUGUGAUACAAGAGAAGCACGUAGCACUAUAGUUAAUUGCCUCUCGGUAUACGACUGCAAGGAGUUAGUUUUGGAGAUGCUUCAUUCUAACAAUACCUCUGCCAACUUUUCUUCUGAAAAAUCUUGCUAUGGUUCUGAAAAUGGAAUGCUUGCAUCCCCAGAGACACCAUUGAAUCAAUCAAAGCUAAGUGUUUCUGAUACCAGUCCAGUAACUUCACCACGGCGUGGGGAGUCAGUAGGAAAUGUAACCAUUCCCAAUGAGUCAUCUGUUGAUUCUUUUGAUAUUGAAGAGGUUUUAGGGGAUGAUAGUACAAAAAGACUUCUGCAGACAUGUGCUCGAACAUGGUUGUACUCUCGCUGUCUACUUAUUGGAAAUUUUGUGAUCAUCCCAAUGCUUUCACAGCUUUGUUUACUCCGAGUGAUUGGUGCUAAAACUUUGUCAAAGAAUAUUGCUAAUCAUGAUUUGCUAAAUGAGGCUUCUGAACUAGUGGGCGGUGAAAAUGAUGCUUUUCUAGUGAAGCGAGAAACGAAAGUAUGUUUUCAUUUGCCAUCAAACCCAGCAUCUGAAACUCCACAGAGAAGCAAUAUAUCUACAGGAGAUGAUACAGGAGACAACAUUUCAAGAUUGGGCGGUCUUUCUAAAGAAUAUGCAGAUUUGAAGGAAAUCAUAAUUUCAUCCUCUACGAACUCUUUGUCAAGUUUUCGACCUAUAAGGGGAGUGGUUCUUCAUGGUCCGCCUGGUACUGGAAAGACUUCUUUGGCUCGAUUAUGUGCCCGUGAUUCUGGCAUCAAAUUUUUCUCUGUCAAUGUACCUAAAAGUGAGCAAGAUUUGAUUGAAGUUUUCGACUCAGCUAGACAAGCUGCACCUUCUGUGGUAUUCAUUGAUGAGAUUCAUGCUAUUGCACCUGCAAGGAAAGAUGGAGGUGAAGAGCUAUCUGAAAGAAUAGUGGUUACACUGAUGACAUUGAUGGAUGGGAUUAGUAGAACUGAAGGAGUAGUUGUAAUUGCUGCUACCAACAGGCUUGAUAGCAUUGAUUCUGCACUCAGACGAGCUGGAAGAUUUGAGAAGGAAAUUGAAAUAGGUGUGCCAUCUCCCAACCAACGUUUGGAGAUACUUCAUGAUCUUGUCGGUGCCAUGGAGCACUCUCUUUCAGAUGAGCAAGUCCAAGAUCUUGCUAAUGCUACACAUGGUUUCGUAGGAGCUGAUCUAGCUGCCCUUUGUACGGGGGCAUCCUUGGAUUGUCAUGAGCGUCAUGUCAAAUAUAAAUACUCUCAUGAUUAUUUGCACCAAACAUCUAUUUCUCAUGAAGGUACUUCUAAUGGUCUAAUACUACCUGUUUGCACAAAAGAUACAACACACGUAUCAAGGGAUUACUCAGAUUCCACAUCUUCGUCUAUCUCACGUUUGGAUUUUUCUUCAGAGAUAUCUGUGCAUGUGAAGGGAACAAAUGCAAAUGGUGAUAAUUUUCUGAAUGGCAUAGAAGAAGAAUGUGUCUUAAAAGUGACUUUUGAAGAUUUUGAAAAGGCCAGGAUGAGAGUGCGGCCCAGUGCCAUGCGAGAGGUAAAACUUGAGAUUCCGAAGGUUAAUUGGGAAGAUGUUGGUGGUCAAAGGGAGGUCAAAAAAAAGUUAAAGCAAGCUGUAAUAUGGCCUCAAAAACACCAGAAGGCAUUAAAGCGGAUAGGGAUUCAGCCCCCAACAGGGGUUAUGAUGUUUGGUCCUCCCGGAUGCAGCAAAACCCUCAUGGCUCGUGCUGUAGCUUCUGAAGCACGGCUGAAUUUCCUUGCUGUGAAGGGUCCAGAACUUUUUAGCAAAUGGGUUGGUGAAUCUGAGAAGGCUGUGAAAUCCCUGUUUGCAAAGGCAAGGGCUAAUGCCCCAGCAAUCAUAUUCUUUGAUGAAAUUGACGGUCUUGCUGCUAUUCGUGGGAAGGAAAGUGAUUCAGUUUCAGAUAGGGUUAUUGGUCAGCUGCUUGUUGAAUUGGAUGGUUUUCAUGCAAGAGAUGAUGUCACUGUUAUUGCUGCUACAAAUAGGAUGGACAAGAUCGAUAGUGCCCUUCUAAGACCAGGCCGCUUUGAUCGGCGGCUACAUGUGAGACCCCCAGAUGAGCCCGAUCGGGAAGAGAUAUUUCAUAUUCAUCUACGCAAGAUUCGAUGCAGUUCUGAUGUCAACAUAUAUGACCUUGCUCGUCUUUCAGAAGGCUGCACUGGCGCUGAUAUAUCGUUCAUCUGCCAACAAGCAGGCGUUGAAGCUUUAGAGGAGAACCUUGACGCCUCAGAAGUAAAGAUGAAACAUUUCAAGACUGCAAUUAAACAAGUGAAACCAAAAGAAAUUCGGCUUUAUCAAGGUCCAUCAGAAAAUUUUCAGGGACGUGUUGCUUCUAGCGCAAAAAUAACUAAGCCUUUCCUCUCUGUCUUACUCCAUAUUUUUGUAACCUGCUUGUUAUUUUGGUGGAUAUGCUGUUAGUCAACAUACUCUAGAACCUGUUAGUGUUAUACUGAUUACACUUAAGCGCAACCCUGUUAAAGUUCUUGAAUUUUUAAUCAGCCUACAAUAAGGCUAUUUUUGUUGGAUGCU